AUCGAGACAUAUAUCACUGGAAAUUCACAAUAAAUAAAUUGGGAGAUGUUGGGAUAAAUGUAUAGUUAUGCCACUGAAUCUGAGCAUAAACCAAUUUCUCAGCUCUCUUUUGAAGCAAGCAGGGCCAAGUUACCCUUCUAAAAUAACAGCUUCAACACCAGGUUCAUUAAUGCACAUGUCUAGAUUGACCUAAAAAAGGUUAGCAAAGCUUCAGCUAAAUGUAGGGGUAGAAAGAAACUGCUGAGGAAAAUACUCAGUGUUUGAAGUGUAAUAUAUAGAGGUGUAAUAUGAAGUGUAAUAUAUAGAGGGGGGCUGAAGCUGAAUGGCUGAGGCUGGGUUAUGAGGGAGUGGCUUCUAGCCGGAGCUCCACAGGAGUGCAGUAAGUGCAAGAGCCAUCUGGUUGAACUGCUCUUCUCUCGCUGGCUCACUGGCUCUCUCACAUCCCCAGCUGUGUGCUGGAUGUGCACAUUGGUCAGACUAACAUUACUGGAAGGAAAUGCAACAGGAGGCCUAAGGAUCUAGCCAACUGGAUUUUAGAUAUGAAAAGACUGGAAAAUGUUACUCCUAAGGACAUGUGAUCCAGGGAUCUGUUUACAAUAAGAAAGAGAAGGAGCUUUUGGAGAGAUCCCUUGUUUCAAGAGUUGUGUAUUAAGAGGAGGUCUUCAUGAUGAACCUGGAGAAUCCUGGUGGUUUCCACAGGAGCGGGAAGCAUCUGGACAUGGAUCAGAAGGUCGGCAAGCUCACUUUCGGCUUUCAGAGAAGCUCUACCUCAGAUGAUGAUUCAGGAUGUGCUUUGGAGGAGUAUGCCUGGGUUCCACCUGGACUACGACCAGAACAGGUCCAGCUGUACUUCUCCUGUUUGCCAGAGGACAAGGUUCCCUAUGUUAACAGCCCAGGAGAGAAAUACCGCAUCAAACAGCUCUUGUAUCAGCUGCCUCCCCAUGACAAUGAGGUGCGCUAUUGUCAGUCCCUUGGUGAGGAAGAAAAGAAGGAGCUACACAUGUUCAGUGUGCAGAGGAAAAAGGAGGCACUGGGGCGUGGAACUCUAAAGUUACUGCCUAGGGCUAUGCUUCACGCGAUCUGUGAACAUUGUGGGGAGAACAUUGGUGGAGGAGAGAUGGCAGUGUUCGCGUCAAGAGCAGGGCCUGGACUGUGUUGGCACCCAGCGUGUUUCGCAUGCUCAACAUGUAAUGAGCUUCUAGUGGAUCUCAUUUAUUUCUAUCAUGAAGGGAAGAUUCAUUGUGGGAGACAUCAUGCUGAAUUGUUAAAGCCUCGCUGUUCAGCCUGUGAUGAGAUUAUAUUCGAUGAUGAGUGCACGGAGGCAGAGGGCCGUCACUGGCACAUGAAGCACUUUUCCUGCUUUGAAUGUGAAACCAUUUUGGGUGGUCAGCGGUACAUAAUGAAAGAUGGUCGGCCCUACUGUUGUGGGUGCUUUGAGUCCCUGUAUGCUGAAUACUGUGAGGCCUGUGGAGAACACAUUGGGGUUGACCAUGCUCAGAUGACAUAUGAUGGUCUCCAUUGGCAUGCCACAGAUGAGUGCUUCAGCUGUGCCCAGUGCAAAACCUCCUUGCUUGGUUGCCCAUUCCUGCCCAGACAAGGCCGCAUCUAUUGUUCCAAAGCUUGUAGUCUGGGGGAGGAUGUCCAUGCCUCAGACUCGUCAGAUUCUGCCUUUCAGUCUGGCAGAUCUCGUGAAUCCCGUCGCAGUGUCAGAACAGGAAAGAGCAGUCGUUCUGCAGACCAGUGUCGCCAGUCACUGCUCUUCUCACCUGCUGGAAACUACAAGUUCCCUGGCUUCUCGGGCAGUGCGGAAGACACUUUGUCAACCAAGCUGUCCCAUUUGAACUUAACAGACGAUCAUUUCUGGAGGAACAGGGAGGAACAGGAAGUACCUGAGGACCAUGAAGAAUGGGCUGAGCAUGAAGACUAUAUGACCCAACUACUUCUUAAGUUUGGAGAGCAUGGGAUCUUCCAGCAACCAGAGGACAACAGACCAAAUGAUCCUUGGAUGACUGACUCUGAGAUCAAAAGUAAGGUGGAGUCAAAGAUUUCAGGUAGUGGUGGCAAUAGCAGUCUUGCCAGUAAAAAGUACAUGACAGACAUGUACUGGACACAUUCCCAAGACGGACUGGGAGACUCUGCAUACGGCAGUCAUCCCGGACCUGCAAGCAGCAGGAAAAUCCAGGAGCUUGAUCUGGAACAUGGUGCCAACUUUAAGCAUGAGGAAAAGCAGUGGUAUAAUGACUCACUGGAGUGCAUCACGGAUGGACUUAAGCAGCAAGAGCAGAGUGUCCGAGACUCCAUGGACUCUCUAGCACUAUCUAAUAUAACAGGUACAUCAGUGGAUGGGGACUUUAAAGAGAAGCAUGUACCCUUUUCAUUACAAAACUUCAAGCUGGAGAAUCAGGAUUGCGAAAAAACAAGCAACAUGGGAACUCUCAACUCUUCAAUGCUGCACAGGAGUGCCAACUCCCUCAAGAGCCUUACGUCUGAGCUGGAGCAUGUAGAAGUAGUUGAGGAAGAAGAACCAGAAGAGCUGAUCCCCCUCCCAGAGGAGCGACCCAUUCCUCCUGUUCUCCGGAGGUCCAGAUCUCAGUCAAGGCCUCAUCAGGUCAAGUUCUCUGAUGAUGUUGUGGACAAUGGACACUAUGAAGAUGUAGAGGUGCGACAGCCUCCAAUGAGUGAACGCACUCGGAGAAGGGUGUACCAUUUUGAUGAACAGGACGAGCGACACCGUCGGCAUCAUCGCAACCACAGACGAAGGAGCCGAAAGUCUCGGUCAGACAAUGCACUGCACAUAGUACCCAAAGAGCAAGCGCGUAUGUGCUUCAGAGAGGACUAUCUCCAGCGUGGUCCUAUACCUACAUCUCAGUAUGCACAGCACUCCCAUGCCCAUGUGAACUCUGAAUACGGCUUGCAGAACCAGGCUGCAGAAAGAUUCUAUCGUCUUUAUGGAGACGAUGACGAUUGGUGCUCUACAUGCUCAUCUUCUUCCUCUGAAUCGGAGGAGGAAGGUUUCUUCUUAGGUCAACCGAUUCCACAACCCAGGCAUCCUAGGUAUCAGUAUUAUGCUGACAAACUUCCUAAUCAAGUAUCCCCACCUUAUGGCACAAGGACAAAUUCCAAAAAGAAGCGAGGACAUAAGGGGAAAAACUGUAUAAUUUCAUAGACUUUAUAGAAUCCAAAAUAGUCACCAGUAUGUUGCAAUACAAUAGUUAGCUCCUGCAUUUUAUCUGCCUUCAUUCAAAGGCCAGCAUUGACCCUGGCUCAAAACAUGUCUGCAGUAUUUGUGAUGAACAAGACUGACACAUUCUUGAAAAGACAUUGUUGUCUUGCAAUUCAGUAAUAUUCCAUGUAUUGUGCAAAAAAAAAAAAAAAAAAAAAAAAAACCCAAAAAAACCCCACAAAAAACUGCUAUGUUUAUUAAAUAUCUGGUCACUUGGUCAUUGACACAAUGAAAGAGUAUAUUUAUAAAGUACCAUAUAUAAAUGAGUGAAUAUUUAACAGUGCAAAUAUAAGUGUGUGUAUAUAUUGUAAAAACUGUUCUGAUUUAAAGCAGAUAUUUUUAUAUCCCUGAAUUUUUAACAAAGAAAAAAGUACUAUGAUAGUUGACAAAUAGCAGUAGUUGACAAAUGAUUUGCAGCUUCACUUUUGUUAAUUAGUUUUUUUUUUUUUUUUUUUUAAAUAAAAAUGUCACCAAAUGCAAUGCAGUUAGACCCUUGUUAUCUCAGGGUCACAUGUACACAUGCUUCUUUUUUAUUAAAACAAACUAAUGAAAAAUACAUCCUACAUUCUGUAUUAUGCGGUGCGUCAUUCGUUUGAACUUUUUUUUUAUGGGCCAUUGUAAACAGAUCAAUGAAACAUGAGCUUGGCAAUAAAAGCAUAUGCACGUUUCUUUUAAA